GGCGGCCGGCAGAGGCGGCAGCAUGUCGGUGGCGGGGCUGAAGAAGCAGUUCUACAAGGCGAGCCAGCUGGUCAGCGAGAAGGUCGGAGGGGCUGAAGGGACCAAGCUAGACGAUGACUUCAAGGAAAUGGAAAAGAAAGUGGACCUGACCAGCAAGGCAGUUACAGAAGUAUUGACCAGAACAAUAGAGUACCUCCAGCCGAACCCCGCUUCCAGAGCCAAGCUAACCAUGCUCAACACGAUGUCGAAGAUCCGCGGGCAGGUGAAGAACCCCGGCUACCCGCAGUCGGAAGGGCUGCUGGGGGAGAGCAUGAUCCGAUACGGCAAGGAGCUGGGCGAGGACUCCAACUUCGGCGAUGCGCUUCUUGAUGCUGGCGAAUCUAUGAAGCGGUUGGCUGAAGUGAAGGACUCACUGGAUAUUGAAGUCAAACAAAAUUUUAUUGAUCCCCUCCAGAACCUGUGUGACAAAGACCUGAAAGAGAUCCAGCACCAUCUCAAGAAGCUGGAAGGCAGACGCUUGGACUUUGACUACAAGAAGAAACGACAGGGCAAAAUCCCCGAUGAGGAACUUCGACAGGCCAUGGAGAAAUUUGAAGAGUCCAAGGAAGUAGCGGAGACCAGUAUGCACAACCUCCUAGAAACUGAUAUCGAGCAGGUGAGCCAGCUCUCAGCCUUGGUGGACGCCCAGCUGGACUACCACAGGCAGGCCGUGCAGAUCCUGGAUGAGCUUGCGGAAAAACUCAAACGCAGAAUGAGGGAGGCCUCCUCGCGUCCCAAGAGGGAAUACAAGCCCAAACCCAGGGAGACAUACGACUUUGGAGACACUGACCAAUCUAACGGGGGCUUCUCUUGCAAUCCUACCCCCAAAGUCUCAGCAGCUUCCUCCUCUUUCCGAUCCGACAAGCCGUCCCGGGCCUCCGUCAGGAGUAUCCCCCCCCUGGACCAGCCCUGCUGCAAGGCUCUCUACGACUUUGAACCCGAAAACGACGGCGAGCUGGGCUUCAAGGAAGGCGACAUCAUCACCCUGACCAACCAGAUCGACGAAAACUGGUACGAGGGCAUGAUCAACGGCCAGUCGGGCUUCUUCCCCCUCAACUACGUGGAAGUGCUGGUUCCGCUACCUCAGUGAAACGGCAUCGCUCCUGUCCCUCCUCUGCUCGCGCGGGGCCGAGCCUCCAUUCCACCUCCAUCCUGACACUGGCCCUCUCCGGCGGCGGCGCAGUGUUAUCCCUGCGUCACCUCGGGGCGAGAUUGCCACCAGGGAACAAGCCAGAAGGGUCAAACGGCCCCCCCACCCCCUGUGA